AUGAAACCUCCAACUCCUAUCAACAAUUCAAGCUCCACUACAUGCAGAGUAGUUGGUUCAGAGGAUAAUAGACUUGAUGGUGGGGAAACUGAAGUGCCAUGUGGAUCUCCUAGAGUUGAAGCAAACACUUUUGAGCUUAGACCAAAUCCUACGGAAACUGAUGAUGGCAGUGUCGGGACAUCUUUGAAUGUCCAAGUGGAUGAUGAUGAUACGACUGAGGAGCCAAAAUUGGGUGAUGACAAAUGGGUUGAGAGAGGAGAAGAUGAGUCUGCUAGAUAUGUCACCCUUGCUUGUGCCCGAGGUGGGAAGGCCUGGAAUAGGACAUUAAAUGUUGCCAACCCAUGCCCGAUAGGAAAGACAGAAUGUAAGGCAAAGAUUAAUGCCUUAAGGCAAGAUGGAGUGUUUCGGCUGACGACAACACAUAAUAUCCAUAACCACGGUCUUGAUCCAAAGAAAUCUCACUUCUUCCGAUUUAAUAGAGAAAUUAGUGAUGCCGUAAAAAGGGUCCUAGAUACAAAUGAUUUGACUGGGAUCCGAACAAAUAAGAGUUACGGAUCUCUUGUUGUUGGCGCUAGUGGAAACAAGAACCUCCCAUUUUUGGAUAAGGAUUGUCGUGGUGCUGGAGCGCUUCGAGAAUACUUUUUACAGAUGCAAUACAAAAAUCUUGGGUUGUUUUAUAUGAUGGAUAUAGAUGAUGAAGGGAUGUUAAAUAAUGUCUUCUGGGUAGACCCCCAUAGUAGAGCAGCUUACCAAUAUUUUGGUAAUGUGGUCACAUUCAACAUCACAUACCUAACAAAUCAAUAUGGGAUGCCAUUUGCAUCAUUUGUUGGUAUAAACCACCGUGAGCAGUUCAUUUUUUUGGGAGCAUGCUUGAUUUCCAGUGAGGACACCGAGACCGUUGCGUGGUUAUUUGAGACAUGGUUGCAAUGCAUGGAUAGUAUUGCUCCAAAAACUAUUAUCACUGAUCAGGAUAGAGCGAUGAAAAAUGCAAUCGCAAUUGUUUUCCUAAAAACCUGGCAUAGAUUUUGUCUUUGGCAUAAAUUGAAAAAAGUCUCCGAGAAGCUUGGCUCAUAUGGUUCCUACAAAACUGGGAUGAAAAAUAUAUUGAUGAAAUGUGUAUAUGACUCCCAAAGUGUUGAUGAGUUUGAGAAAUGUUGGGAUUAA